CCGGGAAGAUAGCGCUCAGUCUGUAUAGCCAAUCUACGAUGGUCAGAGCGGUGAAAUGUGUGCUAGUGCAGUGUGAUCCGUCCAUCAAGGCGCUUAUUUUGGAUAUUGACAGGCUGUCGCAGACGAUCGUGAUCCAGGAUCUCGACGACACCCAUUUGGUGAUUGAUUCCAGCAAGGUCCAACAUGUCAAGAACGAGUUGAACCGGUUGCUCACCAAGAAUGUGUACAACCCGAUGGAAGAAGAGGAGCAGCCAUAAACCAGGUUAUGGUGCUAGGUUAGAAGAACUGCUCUCCGAAAUUGCAUAGUGACAGGCAGAGGUUUAAUUUCACAUGAAAUAUGACUUCUAUAGGAAGUCUGUUGUAUAGUUUGAUUAUAACAUUACCAUAUGCACUAUAUAAUCUGUAUUAUAAUAAAAAUGGUUCACCUCC